AUGGCAUCGUUCGAGGGAAAAGUGAUUGCCAUUAUAGGCGCCAGUGGGAUUGGAUUAGCCACAGCUCAGAUACUGGCUUCCCGAGGAGCCACCGUCAGCAUUGCUGAUGCAAAUCCACAGGUUUUGGACGCUGCAUUGCACUCCAUGACUUCUGGCCCGGACAAGCGAGCCCACACUGCCAUGGUAGUCGAUGUGCGUGAAAGUAAGCAAGUGGAUGCUUGGAUGGACAAGGUCAUCGCCGAAUACGGAGGUUUGGACGGAGCUGUCAACCUCGCAGGCGUAAUCCGGGAGAAUCGUCCUAUUCGCACCGAGACCGACGAAGUGUGGAAGCUAACCAUGGAUGUCAACGCAACGGGCAUAUUCAACUGUUUGAGGGCACAGCUCAAUCACAUCAGAGAUGGCGGAAGUAUUGUCAACGCAUCCAGCGUGGCAGGCCUGACUGGGCUUUACGGAGUGGCUAGCUACGCGGCGAGUAAGUGGGCGGUCAUCGGUUUGACUAAGGUUGCCUCGCGAGAGAAUCCGACAGUAAGGGUCAACGCAAUUGCGCCCGGAACGACAGCAACUCCCAUGCUCAAAGAGAUGGAACAGCGACAAGGUCAUUCCCAAUCUGUGGCUCCGCAGGUCAUGAAACGGCAAGCCGAUCCUUCAGAGGUUGCCAAAGUCAUUGUGUUCCUGCUCAGUGAUGAGUCCAGCUUCGUCACGGGUGCGGUCUACAACGUCGAUGGUGGAUGGGACCCUUGA